AUGCGGUUGCCAUUGGACACAUUGGACACAUUCAGGCUGUGUUGCUGUCAAUUCGUAGAAUCAGGUUUGGUCGUGACGCUCUCUGUGGCCUUCGUGGCCAUUGCGUGUCUUUUGCCUCUCUCCGAAAGCUCCAAACAGUACACUGUGGGGCUUACGGCAUACUUCAGCAUGGACCUUUUGAAAGCCUCUCAUGGCCCAGUCUUGCUUUUGUGUAUGGAGUACAUGUCUGUCAGUCUUCUAGGGUCUGCUUGUGCCCUCUUCGUGUACUCUGUGCCACUGCCAGGUUUGCAUGACACAAGAGCUUUGAAAAGCUCUGCAGCGGCCUUCACCGAGAUUGCAGAGGGCUGUGCCGAGGUGGUUAAGGAAGCUGCAGAAGCCUUCCUUUGUACUGGAGGGGAUGCUUGGCGUGCUCUUGCCCAGCAGCGUCUGACCAAUCUCACAGUGACGCUCUCGGAGGCCAAAAGCAUCGCUGGCUAUGAGAACCUUUCGCCGCUGGCGGCGUGGCGAAGCCUCCGAAGCUCUGCGGCGUCGGCCAGGUGA